AAGAGGUCUACAAUCCUGUCUAGCUAGCUUUUUCACUGCAAGUUGCUCUCCCUAACAUGCAUGCUACCUAUCAUUCAGAAGCUUAAUUGAGAGCUGAUCUUGAUCAGUACACCCCUCUUGUUAUAGUAAAACAUAGGUUCCAGAGAAUGUUGCAAAACCCUAGCCCAAAGGGUCCCCCUUUCCACAUUAGGGCAGCCCUACUCCCUAUCUAUCCUGCUUCAGUUCCACACCACCCAUCAGCCAGAAGUGAGACAUGCCAUGCUACCCAAAUCAUCACCUUGUUGUACCUUCAUGUGUGUAUAUACAUCACAUUCCUCUCCUCUAGCUUUACGCCUAACUCCACACAUUAGCUAGCUAGCUAAGCUAGCUCAUAUACUUUGCGCCGUAGGCCGUACGGGUGAUCUGUAGCUUCCAUUGACAGGACAUGGUAGGGAAGCUGCCACAGCACCGCCAUCACCAUGGCUCCUCCUCACUCGGGGCAGAGGAGCUCAACCUCUUACACAUGGCCAGGGGGGGCUCCCCGCCGGACGGUGGCGGUGGAGGCGGCGAGAGCCGGGGCGCGCUGGGCCAGUGGAAGUGCAGGCUGCUGGGCUCCCUCCGUCCGUGCCGCGCGCGCUGCGUGGUGUGCCUGCAGGUGCAGCACGUCACCGGCCUGCCCCCGGCCGCGGAGGGCCACGGGCUGGUGGUGGGCUGGCGGAGCAAGGGCGGCGAGGGGGAGCACACGGCGCCUGCCCGGGUUGCGCGGGGCGCCGCCGCGUUCGACGAGGUGUUCCUGCAGCACUUCACCGCCGGCAGCGCCACGCUGCGGGGCUUCACCGUGUGGGCGGCGCUCCUGGACGCGCCUGCCGAUAAUGGGGAUCUCGGCGCGUUCCCCGUCGACCUCGCCGAGGUCGCCGCGGCCGCGGCGGAGACCUCCAACUCCAACGCCAGCAAGUUCGGAGGCAAGGCGCUCAGCUUCCCGCUGGGCGGGGCGGCGGCCGGUGCGGUGCUCAGCGUCAGCGUCUACUGCAGAGUGAUGGAUCAGCACGAGGACAGCCAUGGGGCUGCUAACAAUAAUGCAGGUCAAGCAAGAGAGAAGAAAAAGAACAAGGGCAAAGCAGGCUCCUACGCCUCCUGCCUGCCGGACCUGAGCUGCCUCCGCAACCGGCAGGUGGCGGCGGCGUCCGGCGGGUCGGCGCGCCGCGCCCCGUCCAUCCGCUCCGAUCGCGGCGGCUUCAUCACCAUCGAGAACUCCAUGUCCGAGAUAAUUGGCGGCGGCGGGGCGGCCUUCGGCGUGGCGGAGGACGUGGACGAGGGGGCGGAAGGCGCGGGGUUCAUCACGAUGGAGGAGGGCAGGGUGUCGUCGAGGCGGCCGCUGACGCCGGACACGGUGGCGUCGGAGGAGGAGGACGAGAAGCCGUGCCUGUUGAUGGAGCUGUCGUCGGAGGAGGCGGCGGUGGACGUGGAGAAGGUGGAGGACGAGUUCCUGGCGAUGCUGGAGGACAGGUACUUGGCGAGGAGCAAGGAGAUCGAGAAGGGGCUGGGCGUGAGCCUGGACAUCGGGCUGGACCUGGGCCUGGACCUGGACUCGCUCAUCAAGGACGCCGAGAUGGAGCUCGCCAAGGCGGAGCAGGCGUGGAAGAGCAAGGUCGGCGCCGCCAUCGUGGAGGAGGAAGAGUACAGGGAGCUAGUCCGGAGGUGGAGCGCCAGGGAGACCGCCAGCCACCACUCUGCGGGCUGCUCCUGGGGCUUUGGAUUCGGGAGCCCGAUCUGAAACACUAUACCUACUGGCUACUGUUGCUGCUGUUCUGUCUACCUCAUGUCACGCGUGCUUAAUGUUAAUAUAUAUAUAUAUAUAUAUAUAAGAUUUUAUACAUGGGAAAUGUAUUGCCAUUUGAUUGGAUGAAAUAAUGUAAUAUUGGGAAAAUUGAAGGA